AUGAAACUUUGGAUUAGUCCAUUUGGUCUCGAUACUGUCCUGUGUGUUUUGACACUUAAUAUCUACUACGAAAAGCUAUUCAUCUUCUUAUGGUUCUGGCUGUUCUUCGUUGCAGUGGUCUCAACAGCAAAUUCUAUCUACUGGGUUGUUGGCUUGUGUGUAAACACAAAGGCACGUCGCUUGAUAGCGGACUAUUUGGACACAGAUCCCGACAACAAUCCAAACCGAAUAUCAACAGAGCAGUUCUUCAGGGUGUUGGGUAAAGACGGGUUGUUCGUCUUGCAGCAGAUGGGCCUGAAUCUUGGCGACAUACCAGCUAGCUAUCUCUGCAUCGCUAUGAGAAAUGUUGGAGAGCAUUGGAUAGAAGAAAAUCAAGAUCACAACAUCAUAGUGGAUGAAAAACAGCCACUUAAAAAUUUUAAAUCGGUUUAG